UGGGCCGAGCUGGAGCCCGUGAGUUAAAGCUCGAAUGGGUUUAAUUUUUGAAACUCUAAGCUCUAUCCAAACACAGGAACGGUUUUUUCUUUAUUUUGUUAAUUCCCUCCAUCGCCACCACCACUCUCCAUAGACACAAAAGCUUUUUCUUUUUUUUAUAAUUGAUUUUAAUCAACAAUGGCCGAGGAGCUAGCAGAAAAUGCCAAAGAAGCAAUCAUAGAUGAUGAUUUCCAACUAGCCAUUGAUUUAUACUCUAAAGCUCUCGAUUUAGAACCCACCAACCCCAACUUUUUCGCUGACAGAGCUCAGGCUAAUAUCAAACUCAACAAUUUCACAGAGGCUGUUGCUGAUACUAACAAGGCAAUUGAACUGGAUCCUUUGAUGGCUAAGGCAUUUUUGCGUAAAGGUAUUGCCUGUAUUAAGCUUGAAGAAUAUCAUACUGCCAAGAAAGCGCUUGAAAAGGGUCUAUCUUUAGCUCAGGAUGACUCAAGAUUUACUAAGUUGAUCAAAGAAUGUGACCAGCUCAUCGCGGAGGAGUAUAAUGAUCUAAGCAAGCCUUUAACUCCAAGUGCUCCGCCGAGUGUUGCACCUUUAUCUGUCAGUUCUCCUCAGCUUGGCACAUUCCCCUCAGCAAAGCCAAAAUACAGACAUGAAUACUACCAGAAACCAGAGGAAGUCGUCAUUACAAUAUUUGCAAAGGGCAUACCAGCAGAGAAUGUCACAGUUGAUAUUGGUGAACAAAUUUUGAGUGUUACUGUUGAUGUUCGGGGUGAAGAUUCAUAUCAUUUUCAAUCUCGAUUGUUUGCAAAAAUAUUGCCUGAUAAAAGCCGAUAUCAAGUUUUGUCAACCAAGAUUGAAAUCCGUCUAGCUAAAGCUGAAGCUAUCAACUGGACAUCUCUUGAAUAUAACAAGGACAUAGCUGUCACUCAGAAAAUUAAUGUGCCAUCAGUUGCAUCUCAAAGGCCUUCAUACCCAUCGUCGAAAACCAGGGGAAAAGACUGGGAUAAGCUGGAAGCUGAAGUAAAGGAGGAGGAAAAAGAUGAGAAGCUAGAUGGUGAUGCAGCUUUGAAUAAGCUGUUCCGGGGCAUUUACCAAGACGCUGAUGAAGACAUGAGGAGGGCUAUGAUGAAGUCCUUUGUAGAAUCAAGUGGCACAGUGCUGUCAACUGACUGGAAAGAAGUGGGUUCCAAGAAAAUAGAAGGCAGCCCUCCGGACGGCAUGGAAGUUAAAAAAUGGGAGUUCUAAUGCAAUGCACGUUCAUCAUCGAAUCACAACAUCAAAAUGUAGAAUCUUUAAUUAUAUUAAGUUGCUCGUUUUCGUUUAUUCUGUUGUAAAUUAACUAUAUUAAGCAAUAGAAUAGAAAACACAGAUAUUUGGGUUUCUUUAAUACGAAGAGAUAUGCUUUUUGUU